AUAUUAGCUCUACAACUUGGGCAAAUUAAACCUUAUGAAGGGCAAUGCAUACCAGAUAAUUUUAUUCAACAAGUUACAAAUAUUUUUGAAUCUGCCAGAAAUGUAAUCACGAAUGCUAAUAAUAUUAAUGCAAAUACUUUUGUUGAUAUAAACAAAUAUGAUAUCUUAAAGGGUAUGAUGAAAGAUAAAUUUUCUCUAGUAUCAGCAAAUGAUCCCUAUACAGAUAGUACUCCUGCUAUUAAUUUAUCUACCACAUUUACAGUUUGGCUUCAGCAUAAAUAUUGA